AUGUUGUCAGUUCCAAACGUCUUGCUCUUGCUCUUGGCCUACACUGCCGGCCGGGCUCGAGCACAAGAAGAGCAUGGAGAGGAGGCCUCCAAGGAGAUGGGCCCUGUCGCCUUUAUGUGGCCACCGGAUCGACUCUGGGGCGCCGAUGUCGACAACCGCGCCCCCUGCGGUUCCGCCUCGGCGCCGGGGAACCGUACCAUCUUCCCCCUCCUCAAUGGAGUGGUUUCUCUUGUGGCACAGGACGAAUCAUGGGAGAUGACAGUCUCCAUUUCUUAUAACAGCAACCCGACCUCGAAUGAUGACUUUGAGGAGAUCAUCGCCGCGACACAUAUUCCGGAGGUGGACGAGGGUCACACUUGCUAUCCUGUCCCAAAUCCUCCCACCGAUGUCGAGGCCGGCGCAAAUGCAACUUUGCAGCUCAAAUACACCUCAGACUUCGACACAGACAAGAACGAGACAUUCUAUGCCUGCGCCGACAUUUCUUUUGUCUCGACCAGCCAAUUCGACGUCUCCGUACCCUGCUUCAACGCGACCACGGAAGACUUUACCAUCUCCGACAAUGACUCUUCAGACGAUGACUCUUCAGACGGCACCUCAACCUCAAGCAGUGCGUCUUCGUCUACCACGUCGAGCUCGUCUUCGUCGUCAGGCCUCUCUGGUGGUGCCAUCGCAGGAAUCGUGGUCGGAGUUGUCGCAGGAGUGAUUAUAAUUGCGGGCCUAGUAUUCUACGGUUGGCGUCGGGAUAAGCAGCUGAAACGACUUCGCCGCGCGGAAAAUAACCUCCGCAACAUCAAGUGGGACGAGCAGAACAGAGCAUCGGAGAGUUCGCAACCUGAUAUCCCACUGGGCAAUAUGGCCAAAUAA